CGGCGCUCGGCGGCGCUGCCUGGCAGGGUCGGAAGCAGCCGCCGGCCCGUCCGGUUCGGCUCGGCUCGGCUCGGCUCGGCUCGGGCGGGCUCCCGCGGCGGGGCUGAGGCGGGCGGGCGCCGCCAUGGUUUAAAGAACGGCGGGCGGAGGCGAACGGGCAGGAGUCAUGAACCUGCUCCCGGCCAACCCGCACGGCAACGGGCUGCUCUACGCUGGCUUCAACCAGGACCACGGAUGCUUUGCAUGUGGAAUGGAAAAUGGAUUCCGAGUCUAUAACGCAGAUCCACUCAAAGAAAAAGAGAAACAAGAAUUCCUAGAAGGUGGCGUUGGCCAUGUUGAAAUGUUGUUUCGCUGCAACUAUUUAGCACUAGUAGGUGGAGGGAAAAAGCCAAAGUACCCGCCUAACAAAGUCAUGAUCUGGGAUGACCUGAAGAAGAAGACUGUCAUUGAGAUAGAGUUUUCUACAGAAGUCAAAGCAGUUAAGCUGCGAAGAGACAGAAUUGUGGUAGUCUUGGACUCAAUGAUUAAAGUUUUCACAUUCACACACAACCCCCACCAGCUGCACGUCUUUGAAACCUGCUACAACCCUAAAGGUCUCUGUGUCCUUUGUCCAAAUAGUAAUAAUUCUCUUCUUGCGUUUCCUGGAACACAUACUGGGCACGUGCAGAUAGUGGAUCUCGCUAAUACGGAAAAGCCUCCUGUCGACAUACAGGCUCAUGAAGGAGUCUUGAGCUGUAUCGCUUUAAACCUGCAGGGAACAAGAAUUGCAACAGCAUCAGAAAAAGGGACCCUCAUAAGAAUAUUUGAUACUUCAUCAGGGCAUUUAAUCCAGGAGCUACGAAGAGGAUCACAGGCAGCCAAUAUAUACUGUAUUAACUUCAAUCAGGAUGCUUCCCUAAUCUGCGUAUCCAGCGACCACGGCACAGUACAUAUUUUUGCUGCAGAAGACCCUAAAAGAAAUAAGCAGUCAAGUUUGGCCUCUGCCAGCUUUCUCCCCAGAUACUUCAGUUCCAAAUGGAGUUUUUCCAAAUUUCAGGUUCCCUCAGGCUCUCCAUGCAUUUGUGCCUUUGGAACAGAGCCAAACGCUGUCAUAGCAAUAUGUGCAGAUGGCAGCUAUUACAAGUUCUUAUUCAACCAAAAAGGGGAAUGCUCAAGGGACGUCUAUGCUCAGUUUCUAGAAAUGACGGACGACAAGCUUUGACUGAGGUGAGGGAGUGCGUGGGUCAAAGUACUGCCUUGGCUAUUCCACGUCUUUGGAAGGACAGUAUACGAAUGUCCAAUACUGAUCAAGGAGUUUAGCAGACCUCACUGAGAAGCCUGGCCCAACGUGAUCAGAACAAGCGCUGAAGUAGUGGACUCCAUAUGUUUAUUCUCAUUUCUGCAAGUAUUCAUCAUUAAAAUCUCUUUGGGUUACUGUCAUCAACUCAAGUUUUCAAGACGGUGGCUUUCAACAAGCUUGUGCCUAUUGGGUUUCUCUUAAUCUAAACUGUGAAAUGACUUUAGAUUAAACACGAGUGCCUGCCACGCUAAAGGAGCUGCAGGGGGCUGUACAGACUACAGCUAGCCUUAGAAAAAGGGAUGUGAAAACAGGACUUUAGGCAUUGCUUUACUUCCGCUGGAUGGCUGGGAGUGGGGGGAAUACUGUGGCUCAUGCUUAAAUAAGGCUCCGCCGGCUGGGCUGGGAGCAGGCGCGCCGCCUUCCCCUCCCGGAGCACGUCCAGGUAGCAGAGGGGAGGGCGGGCAAGCGCGUGGCGUAGAUACCUGUAGCUCGACCCAUGCUUGUCCUCUGGCCUGGCGGACGGGGUCGGGUGGUGGAGGCGCAGCCUCAGGCUGCUGCUCCCGUACGCGUACGGCGGCCAUCAGCGCUCGUGGUCCAAGGUGCCAAACUGUACAGAGUAGCCCACGGUGUGUUUAGGCACUGGCUCUCCUCCUCGGCGCACCGAGCGAGCGCACGAGCUCCUGUGUUUGGAGAGGCCAUUCUGUAACGAAGCAGCCAUUCCAGGUUUAAAAACCACCCUCGGAACAGGUGUGAGAGCUGUCCUCACUGCUUCUAGCGCUGCUGGGCUUCAGCUGGAAGAGGGGACAGGCCGCUUACGCAUCCAGCACAAUAAGUGAACCAGGUGGCACGAAGUAUACUGCUCUGCCAUGGCUUUAAACUUGGAAACUUUUGGGUUUUUUUUUUUAAUUUGAGAUGUUGCAUACUAAAUAGUGUUGGCCUAGGGACAGUUAGGUUAGACUAAACUGACUUGUAAACUCUUCCCCAAAAUGGUUAUAUGGCAAUUAAUAUUUACUGCUGAACUAAGGCACAGGAUGCUAGCCCAGAAACUGAAAUAGCCACAAGCUCUCCGUUCAUAGCACUAAAUACCUGGGGGAGGGAAGUCUUGCUCUUCUGAAACUUAAUUUCACAGCUGCUUCAACUCUGACACGCCAGUUCACUCUAAGAUUGUUUCGCUGCAAACUCUAAAUUUGACAAGUUUCUUUUAGCAUCACGUAACAUACUAAGGACUAACUUCUACGCAGAUUUUGAUGUCGAGGUUGCAUGUCGCUUUUAUGUGUAUUUAAUCACAAAUUGUUUUGCACACUUAUUUGUAAUAUGUUAUUUCUUUUAAAUAAAAGUAACUAAUUUUGCUGUA